CCUUCUAGACCUUCCAUCCAUUAAAAUCUUGACCAUCUUUGUGUUUUUGCCCUCAUCCGCAACCUAAAAGUGCAAGCAACUAGGCAAAUUGCCAACCCCACAAUCUCCAAAUUCUUAUUGGCUGCUCAUAACCCUCACUUGCCUAAUUUUCAUCUUAUUUAUAGUAUUAAAUAAUCUUCUUCUCCUACAAGCACCAUCAUUUGCCCAUGCUUUUAAACUCUUUAAGCCAAUACUGAAUGUUAGGUUUACACUUGCACACCUCCCUUUUCGUUUUUCACUAAUCAUAACACAUUAGCUUCUUUAUACAAAGAGAGUUUUAUAAACCAGCUUUCCUCUCCAUUUGCUCUAAUGGCCACUCUUGAAUAAGCCUUUCUUUAUCUCCAGUUGCUGUGUUUAUAAAAGCUUUUAAGUUCUUUUGCUGUAUUGCUUGGAAUUGAUACAUUGAAGAUGCAAAUUUCUGAUCAUAUGCUAAGAUCUUUUACCGUUACUGCAUUAGCUUAUGUUUUCCUUUUACCACUUGUUUCUUGCUCAUCCCAUGGAGAGAUUAUCAGCAAUCACACCAGCAUUAAGGAAAAUUUGCAUAAGACGAGUCCUCAAAUGACAUCUUAUAUCGCUGUUCAUGGCCUUAUCCUCUGGGUUUCCAUGGGGUUCUUAAUGCCUGUUGGUAUACUUACUAUUAGAAUGGCCAACAAAGAGGAAGGUGGCAGAAGGGUUAAAGUUUUAUUCUAUCUUCAUGCAAUAUUUCAGACACUUGCAGUGCUGCUUGUAACUGUUGGAGCUGUAAUGUCCAUAAAGAACUUUGAGAAUUCAUUCAACAACCACCACCAAAGACUAGGUCUGGCUCUUUAUGUUGCCAUUUGGAUGCAAGCUUUGAUUGGAAUAUUCAGGCCUCCUAGAGGAAACAAAAGAAGAAGUACAUGGUACUUGACACAUUGGAUUCUUGGAACAGUGAUAUCAAUGGUGGGGAUCAUUAACAUCUACACAGGUCUAGAAGCCUACCAUAAGAAAACAUCAAAAAGUACAGGAAUUUGGACCAUACUUUUCACAGCUCAAGUCUCAUUCAUUGCUUUGUUUUACCUCUUCCAAGACAAAUGGGAGCAUAUACAAAAGCAAGCCUCCCUCCCACCCCUACCCUCUGAUCAAGAGAAUGUAAUUGUAGUCACUCAAAGGGUUAACCAAAAGGUGAUGUUGCCUCAACCAUGUGCCAAACGUAAUGCACUUACCAAUUUGUUUGACUAACUUUGGAUUCUUUUAAUGCGUUUCAAACUCCCCUCUGUGUCUAUCUAAGUAGUCAAAAAGUUUUCAUACUCUACUUUUUGAUGCCUUUGAUGCUGAUAGAGAAAAGCAAACACACACUCCUUGAUGAACAGUUUUGAUGGAGUGUAUAUGCUUCAAAAAGUAGAGUAUGAUCAGAAACUUUAUCUUUUUUUAUAUCAUAGAUAUUCACUUUUGUUGUGGUGAAAAUUUGGAUUCCUAAGUUGGGGUUUAUAAGAAAAAUGAAAACAAAAAAUGGAAAUGGUAUAUAUAUAGUGUGAUUAUGUUUGAGAAAUGUAAUUAACUUUUGUAAAUUUGUUAUACAUGGAUGCUGAUGGAUGUAGGUGUGAAUUAUAAACUUUCACUAGUUUAUAAAUUUACGAUGGAUCAGUAGAUUAGGUAUAGGAAUUUAUUCUAACUAUCAACAAAUUCUUAAAGUUUUAGGCGGGAUGGGAUUGUGAUUCUUUCUACUUCUUAAGGUAUAAUGACAAAUCGAGAUAAUUGACUAGAAGGAAUCAGUAGAGAAAUUUUGUAUUAUAUGAUGGAAAGUAUAGAUUGUAAAUUAAUAUGAGCACUAUUCAAAUUAGAAGUGGUGAUUUAUCAUCUUACAAAUUUAAUUAUUCAUAAGCAUUUUUCAAAUUAAAAGUGAUGAUUUAUCAUCUAAUGAAUACAUUUCCAUGAGACAUGUUUCUCCGAAGGAGUAUGUCCAAUAUGAAGGGUUGUGGCUCUUCAUAUUGUAUUCAUUUAUUGCAUAUAAAUAAAGGCAUUAUGGUGCUCACAAAUAUACAAUUACAAUCAACUUUAUUUUCAAAAACUAGAGUAACAGUUAGGGAAUUCCUUGAUUUUGCUAAUAAAAGGAAAUUCAAACCUUCAUUGUAUCCCGAGAGGACCUUUGUCUUAACCUUCUAGCAACUUUGUGUGGGGGGAAAUAGUUCUCUUUCGAAAACGUCAUUCGUGCCUCGAAGUCUACUGUUUAUUUCCAUACAAGUCUCCGGUUCUAUCGCCUCCACCAAAAUAUCCAACAAUCAAAGAGAACUAUUUUUUGAGAUGGCGACGGAGGCUAACACUGCAUUCAAAGUGAUGAAGCAAGAGUUUAUGAAACUUGACCGGUUUGAUGGUUCAAACUUCAAUCAUUGGAAGGACAAAAUGUUGUUCCUUCUUACUGUCUUAAAUGUGGCAUACGUUCUGGAUCCAACCUACAACCUGUAAAGGAUCUCGCCCCCAAUGCAAACUCCGAGAAAAUUGUGAAAGCGGAUGAACUCAAGAAGAAGCACAGAGAAGACAAUUUCACAUGUCGAGGACAUAUCUUCAACACCUUGUCUGAUUGAUUGUAUGAUCUUUACAUGUCAAUGAAAUUUCCGGUGGAAAUAUGGAAAGCUCUUAAAGAGAAAUACAA